UGUGUGAGAGUGUGUGUGAGAGGAGCGCUGGUGUUCCUGCUGCGGCUCAUCACAGCCAUGGAGCUGGAGGUGGAAUCCGCCGAUGUGAUCCGGCUGAUCAUGCAGUACCUGAAGGAGAACAAUCUUCCGCGCACACUGGCCAUGCUGCAGGAGGAGAGCAUGGUGGCGCUGCACACAGUGGACAGCAUCGAGAGCUUCGUGGAGGACGUGAACGCGGGCCGCUGGGACGCCGUGCUGCGGGCCAUCCAGCACCUGAAACUCCCCGACGAGCUGCUCAUUAACCUGUACGAGCAGGUGGUACUGGAGCUGAUCGAGCUGAAGGAACUGGGAGCAGCGGGUUGUUUAUUGACUCAGACGGACCCCAUGAUCAUGCUGAAACACACGCAGCCUGAACGAUACGCCAAACUGGACGCUCUGCUCACAAACAAGAACUUCGACCCCAGUAAGGUUUACCCAGAAGGCAGCAGUAAAGAGAAGAGCAGGUUGGCUAUCGCUCAGGCGCUGAUCGGAGAGGUCAGUGUGGUUCCUCCGUCUCGCCUCAUGGCUCUGCUUGGGCAGGGUCGUCUGUGUGAGAGCGCUCUCUACAGGCUGCAGGAGACCAAAGCACUCAGGCAGUUCGGAUCGUUAGCCAUGCUGUCUCUGAAGUGGCAGCAGCACCAGGGUCUCCUGCCCCCCGGCAUGUCCAUAGACCUGUUCCGGGGCAAAACCAUGAUGAAGGACCUGGAGGAGGAGCGCUUCCCCACCCAGCUCAGCCAUCUUCUCAAGUUUGGGCCGAAGUCGCAUGUAGAAUGUGCUCGGUUCAGUCCGGAUGGUCAGUAUCUGAUGACGGGAUCGGUGGACGGAUUUAUCGAGGUUUGGGAUUACACCACCGGGAAAAUCUGCAAGGAUUUAAAGUAUCAGGCUCAGGAUAACUUCAUGAUGAUGGACGAGGCGGUGCUCUGCCUGGCGGUGAGUCACGACAGCGAGAUGGUGGUGUCCGGGGCUCAGAAUGGAAAAAUACAGCUCUGGAGGAUUCGUAACGGUCAGUGUCUGCGCAAAUUCGAGCGCGCCCACAGCAAAGCUGUCACCUGCCUCUGCUUCAGCAGGGACAACGGUCAGCUCCUCAGCGGCUCCUUCGACCAUAUCAUCAGACUCCACGGACUGAAAUCAGGAAAGAUGCUGAAGGAGUUCCAAGGUCACACUUCCGGCAUAAACGACGUCAUCUUCUCACACAACGGCCAGUUUGCCGUUAGCGCCUCAGCAGAUGGCACGGUGAAGAUCUGGAACGUACACACGGCAGAAUGCACCAUUACCAUCAAAACUCCUGAUGUUCCAGAAGGAUCUGACAUUACGGUUAACAACGUGGUUCUGGUACCCAAGAACCCGGAGCACUUUGUGGUGUGUAACCGGACCAGCACUGUGGUCGUCAUGAACGUCCAGGGCCAGGUGCUGAGGAGUUUUAGCUCAGGAGUGAGAGAGGGAGGAGACUUUGUGUGCUGCACGUUGUCUCCUCGCGGAGAGUGGAUCUACUGCGUGGGAGAGGACUACGUGCUGUACUCCUUCAGCACCAUCACCGGAAAGCUGGAGAGAACUCUGACGGUGCACGAGAAGGACGUGAUUGGCAUCACCCACCACCCUCACCAGAACCUGAUCGCCACCUACAGCGAGGACGGGCUGCUGAAGCUCUGGAAGCCGUGACCCUCCGCGAAACACGCUUCACGUGAACUCAUCAACAGUCGUCAUCCGUGCUGAUCCCGUGGUACGUCUGUUCAUCCAGAUGUCUGGAGUCGUGCAUCGAGUUUCCCAGGUUUCGGAAGUCUCCCAUUCCAGAGACGCUGAAGAUCACGACAGACUUAACCUUCACCUGUAACACUUGUGUCCGAGUCUCGCUGAUCUUCUGUCACAGAAAACCAACCCUGCGAGAUUUCUGUACAGUGAAACGUGGAAAAACUAAACACGAUCAGUAGUUCAUUAUGUUUCUGAAUCGCAUGAAACCGAACUAUAAUUGCAGUUUUUCUGUAAAAAGUUCCGACGCGACUGAUUUCUUCCUCCAAAGAAGGAAAGAAAGACGAGUCAAAGUUUGUUAAUAUUUCCACUUAUUAAACUUUAUCACCGUCCCUCUACUGUAUAAAGGCUGCAUGAUGAUGGUGUGGACAUGCUGUUCAUGAGCAGUUCUGUGUGUGUGUGUGUGUGUGUGUGUCUGCAUGCCAGCACUCUCUCUAUCUCUUUCCGUGUAAAACCUCGACUUCAACCUUUGUGCUCUGACAUCAGUAUCCCUGACACUUUGUUUUUCUUUAAGGAAAGCGGUGUAUUUAUUUCUGGAAUAUUAUAAAAGCCAGGUGGUUUUUGUAACCAGCGACAAUAAUGUAGCUAACGAGAGACGUUCGGCUGCUUCCACACUCUGCAUUUGAUUUUUUGGUUGAAACUUUGGUUAAAGGUAUAGAAAAGCACAGAGCGGCUGAUUUCUCACCUGCUGACCAACGAGACUGCAAACUCGGGGCUAAAAAUUAAUUAAACAAGAGGAGAGAGGGAGAGAGAGAGAGAGAAAAGGCAGAAGGACCACAAACCUCACGGAUCAGAUCGUAUUAAAAGGUUGAGAUUAACCCAAAAACACGGAGACAAAUCAUUUCGCUUGUUACUUAUUGACUGUAAAGAACGUUUAAAGUGAAGAACUUUGCGGAAUUCAAUAAACAUUCAUGCUGUGCAGUGAUUAAGUGAAAUCUUAAAAUAUUAAUCGUUAAAUUUAAUUGCAGUAUGAGGUGUGAUGACGCAAGGUUUUAAUUUCCUACGCAUGUAUUGGCGUAACAUUGAAUAAUAAUAAUAAUAAUAAUAAUUAAAUCUUCUUGAUCUGGAAAAACAUGUGUAAUAAAAAUUAGGCAAUUUUGUGCAAGUACGGACGUCAAUAAUUACACUGAACCACCUGCUGAUGUGAUUUGGCUUUUUUCACUACAGCCCAGGCAGGAUUUUUCAGUGCAAUCUGGCAACCCUGAUGAGAUAAAUGAGUGCACGAUCGCAUCACAGAUCGACUUCCGUCCGUCAAACUGAUGUUCACAUGUUCUGUUAGCUUUUUUUUUUUUUUAAAGCAAACUACAGUAGAUUCUCAAUGUAACCCAUUUUUAAACCGGUUGCCUGAUAGAACACAGAUUCCACACAUCGCUGUAGAAUUAUUUCUUAAUUUCGAGCAUAUGUUUAUACUUUUUUUUUUUCUCUAAAAGCUCAGUUUUUAAAUAAAACCUAUGCAACUGUUAAUCAUUCCACAUUCGAUAAUCUGCAGUUUUUUUACUGGAGCUACAACGUUGUGUGUAUCUUUGGAAAACUCUGGUACGUGAUGUGACGCACCACAGCAACAAAGAGCUCCUCAUCAUCACUCAUAAUUAUAAGAAAUCUCGUCUAGACAGGCUAAGCUACAGUAGGCUAGGCUAGUCAGUUAGCCGAUGCUAGCCCGGACCGCCGGUUCCAUCGCGAUCGUCACAUGAACAACGCCGAGUGUGAAAGCAACGCUGGCGAGGAGUCUAACACGAGGAGGCUUCAGUGUACUCAGGUGUGAAGGAUUGGUGUGUUUUAACACCUGACACACACUGGGCAUGAAAAUUAACACUGGUGUGUGUGUGUGGACGCCGGGUUCAGGUGAUUUUACUAUGUAAAUGCAUUAAGUGUUGAAACGGUGAAAUUUUAUUCCUGAUCUCAAUAUCAACCAGAUGUUUUUACCUCCAUCAUCAUCAUCAACCUUCGUAACACUCUGGGUUUGUUAUGUUUUCCAGCCUAAAUGGGCGUCUGGACGUAUGAAAUAAAUUAAUCCUCCUGCAUGUUAUGCAAAACUUUAACUGUAUUUUUCUUAUUUGGUUAUUUUUUUAUGUAUAUUUCUGUUUCAGCUGUAUUAUAUGUAUU